AAGAUCGAUGGCUAUAAAAGCAGUAAGAUGAAAGAUCCGAUGCACAGUGUGAUCUGAGAGUUUCGAGCUCUCCACAAUGGAUCACGAAACAACUAGGAGUUUUAGGAGCUUGCUCCUACUUCUCCUUAUUACAGUCGUAUCGGCUGCACCAGCUACAGAAGAAUUAUCGACUGCAGUAAUACCUACCAAUGAGGAGGAUACUACUUUAUCGACCGAACUUAAGCCUCCUCCUUACCCGCAAAAAGAAGAACACCAGUAUAUGGUUUUCGUUGUAAAUAUUUUUGGAUUGAAAAAUGCUAGUGGUGAAACUUCUGAAGAAAUGUUUGGAAAUGAAGUCAUCCAACAUGUUCCAGAGCUAACAGAUCCAUUGGCAACUGUACUACUAAUCUUCGAGGUAGACGAAAAUGAGGAAGACACUGGUGUACCAGUCGAUCUAGAUGAAGUUGCGGAUGAAUUAAGAGAUAAAGAGGGUUUGAACGUUGAAAAAAUGAAUAAUACCGGUGAAGCCAAACUUAUUAAAGUGAAGCUUUAUAAAAAUGAUGUAGGAAACUUAUAUCCACUCAAAACAAAAUUAAAUGAAUUAAGCAAAAGUCGUAAGAGGAGAACAUUGUGCGUCAAAUGUGGAGGAGGCGGAUAUCCUGGUGGUGGACUUGGCGGCGGAUUCGGAGGUGGUGGCGGAUUUGGAGGUGGCGGAGGAUUCGGAGGUGGUGGUGGAUUAGGUGGUGGUGGUGGAGGAUAUCCUGGAGGAGGAUACAACAAAGGUGGCUGCGGGUCUGGAGGAUGUGGAGGAGGAGGCUAUCCUGGUGGAGGUGGAGGAUAUCCUGGCGGAGGAGGAGGUGGAUAUCCUGGUGGAGGUGGAGGUGGAUAUCCUGGCGGAGGUGGAGGUGGGUAUCCUGGUGGAGGAGGAGGUGGGUAUCCUGGUGGUGGAGGAGGAUACCCUGGAGGAGGAGGACAUAGCGGAGGAGGUUACGGAGGUCAUCCCAACACCGGAGGAGGAUAUCAAAAAAUAGACACUAUACCCGUUAUUGUUAUACCGGUUGCAGGCGGUGGAUAUCCAUCUGGCGGCGGUGGUUGCAGCACAUGUGGCGGUGGUGGAAAUUCAUAUGCUUCAGCUUCAGCGAAAGCAGGUUCCAGCUGGGGGAAAUAAACCAAAUAGAAUAUAACAACGAAGAUGUUUUAAGUUAUAUGCUGCCCAAAAUAUUCGAAAAAAAUUCAACGACUUUUAUAACAUAUACGUGGAAUCAUAUUCAAUUAGUUUGCUACAACGUAACGUUCGUCAUCUUAAUCGCCGAUUUAUGUAACAUGUAUCAAGUACCGAAUAAAUGAAAAAAUAGUAAA